AUGGCGAAAAAGAAACCCACUAGAUCGGCCAAAGAGCUAAAGCAAACACCCAAUAACCAGGAGGAAACUAGCGAUUCAGAGCAACCCAAGUCUGCUAUGGAUGAUGACUCGAAGUUGCAGAGCUUGAAAUCGUUGAACGAACGGCUGCUUAAGGAGAUGGUCGAGAAGAGAGUGGAGGUCGGCGAUCUUGUUCAGAGUAAGGAAGCAUUGGAACUCGACUUGAAGCGGAAUGUGAACGAGAAAGAACAGGUAAUGGGUGAGUUGAGUGAGGCUCGUGAUGGGGUUUAUGGGUUGGAAUUAGAGAGGAAUGUUGUUUGUGUUUAUCUGCAGAGUCGAAUACAAGAAAUGGGUGGUGGGAUUUGUGGGUUACUCGAGAGUGAGAGAGUUAAGGGUUUAGAGAUUAGGAAUUUGAAGGCUGAGAUUACUGGGCUUGUUUCGGAGGUUGGGGAAGAGAGGGAGAAAUGGAGGGGAGUGUGUUGUGAGAGGGAUGAGAUUAAGGUUGAGUUUGAUGGGUUAUUGAAGGAAACAGGGGAUUUGAGAGGCAAGGUGGUUGAAAUGGAGAGAAAUGAGAGAAGGGCAUUGGAAGAGAUUGAUGAUCUGAAGGGAAAAUGCAAGAAGUUGUUGAGUGAAAAAAAGGAAUGUGAGAUUUUGAAUGCGAAUCUGACGAAAGACAAUGAAUUAAUUAAGAAGUUGUUGGAGGAAUCAGGCAGGGUAAUUGAAGAUUUAGAGAGGAAAGUGGAUGUGAAAAUGAAGGAGAAAGGUGAGAUUGAAAAGGAAAAAAAUGGGCUGGAAAUGGAGGUUGAGAAGUUAGAGAAGGAAGUUACUCAAUUAAAACAGAGUACAUUCUGUUUGAAACAGGAAAAGGAAGAGAACGGGAUGAGAAUUUAUGAGCUUCAAAUGAGAAAUGAAGAAGCUUUGGUGAAAGAAAGUGGGAUGCUGAUGGAGUGUGAUCUUCUUGUCAAAGAGUUGCAGAAGAAGGAGAAAGCAAUGGAGAAGGCGAAAACUGAAGCACAGAAUAUUAUUGGGGACUUGCAAAAGGAAUCAAGUAAAUUAAAAGAAGCUAUAGCUUCGUUGACCAAGAUGAGUGAUGUCGGGAAAGCAAGAAACGAGGAAUUAAUAAACCAAAUAGGUCGUCUUCGUGAUACUUUGGAUGAAGUUUCAUUUGAGAGGGAUGAUGCUAGAAAGAGAUUUGGUGAUGAGAAGGAAAAAGUUGAGAAGCUGAGUCUGUUACUCAAAGACAAGGAGAGAAGAAUUGAAGAAGCCAUAAAAGAAGUAGAGAAAGCAAAGAUUGCACAAGAAGAGGAAUCACUGAAUGUGAAGAAGGAGAUGGAGAGGCGGAUCAAUGCCUUGAUCGGGGAAAGGGAGUUAAUGGAGAAAAACUUGUUGGCGGCAAAGAGUAGAAUUGAUGAACUGAAAGCGAAAGUAAAUUCAGCAGUUUGUAAUUCAGAGAAAGCAUUGUCAUUGUUGAAGAAAACACGUUUGACUGUUUGUGAUGGUUAUGGGAAAAGAGAAGUGGAAGAAGUUUCUUCUGACGAGCAUAAGGUUGGUAAAGAGAUGCAGCCAUUUGUUGAACAUUUGGAUGCAAUAAAAACAUCCUUCACAAACAAGGAGAAAGCUGUGGAAGAAAUGACACGAGUUCUCGAAACUGAACGAAUGGAACAACAAAAGAAGAAGAGCUUCUUCACCGUAGUGACUGCAGCAACAACAAUAUUGGCUGCUGUUUCUGCUCUUUAUGUUAGCAAAGGGCGCUGA